AGGGUAGGACCAAUGCCAUGGUCACCUUGACAAAGCUUCGUGCCUGGCGAUGCUUUAGGAGUGCGGCCGCGGCCGAUGCAGCUAGGCUGGUGCGAAUGCCUGCGACGUUAAAGCUGUCCUCAUUGGAUGCAGCCAGAAGGCAGGUGCUGUGGCAGUCCAGGACGCGGGAGUGGAUGGAGAUGAAUUCCUUGUUGGGUUGCUUCGUUGAGUCCCACUUGGCAACCCUAAACGACGAUCAGGUGCAGCAGCUGUCAAGGCUGCUGACUCACAGGGAUGUGGUGCUGUACCCCUGGCUGGCGGGGAAGGCCCCAGUGCCGGCAGAGAUGCUGAACGAGCCGAAUGACCGGAAUGAGGUCAUGGUCAUGUUGCUGAGGUAUGUGAACCCCAAACAUCCGGCCUUGAAACAGAUCAGCUGAGCGUUUUGCUGAGCGUAAAGCAGAACCAUGGAGGAGAUGGAGCUUCUCUGCUCUAGGAUCCACCUUGGCUCGAGGCAUGUGGCAUGGAGGGUGUGCAUUGAAGCCGCGCUGUGGUGGAUUCGCUGGGUUGGAAAUCGUGCCAAUGUACACUUGCGGUUGAUGGCACAUUUUCUGCAACUAGCUGGAGGUCUUCCAACAGAGUCCCCAGACUCCCUGCAGCUGGACAGUCAGGAUGGAUUGACACGCCAUCGUCGGUGAAA